AUGGAAGUUCCUAUUAUAUCAUCCCUGCAGAAGAUUAUUCUGUAUGAGUCUAAAAUGCGGUUUUAUAUUGUUGGGUCUAACGUGACAGAAACUAGAUUUCGUGUUUUAAAGAUUGAUAGAACAGAACCCAGAGAACUUCAUAUUCAAGAUGAUAAGAUUGAAUAUGAUAGAGAUGAAGUUAUCAAUGUAUUAACUACACUAGAUCAUGGUAAUAGAACUAAAGGAAAGGGAACUGGUAUAAGACAAACUUUAUCAGCUUAUGGUAUAUUUGGUUUUGUUAGGUUCCUAGAAGGUUAUUAUGUAGUUCUAAUAACUAAGCGUAGUUGUAAACAGUUAAUUGGACCUCAUGCUAUAUAUAAAAUAGAGGAUACUAGUAUGGUAUAUAUACCAAAUGAUGCAGUACGUUAUUUCCAUCCAUUGGAGAGUCGAUAUGUCAAAAUAUUUCAAACUAUGGAUCUGUCCAGUGACUUUUACUUCAGUUAUAGUUAUGAUUUAACUAAUACACUGCAGUAUAACAUGAUACCAGCUCAUAUACCAAAUACUUCUAAUAGUGGUUCACAACAUAAUAACGGUUCACAGCAUAAUAGCGUUAUUGGUGUCAGAGGACAGCCAUCAUGGAAGUUUGUGUGGAAUCGUCAUUUGUUGAAAGGAUACUGGGAUGUGGUUCAUACUGAUUGGGUGUUAUUUAUAACUCAUGGUUUCAUUGGACAAUGCAAACUAGAUGUUUAUGGUAAACCUAUCUAUAUAACAUUAAUAGGAAGACGAUCUAAUCAAUAUGCUGGAACCAGAUUUUUAAAAAGAGGGUCAAACUGCAAGGGAGCUGUAGCAAAUGAAAUAGAAACAGAACAGAUUGUACAUGAUGGAUCAAGAACAUUUCUUGAUAAAGGUUGUAUUUCAUCCUUUACUCAAGUACGUGGAUCAGUACCUUUAAGUUGGUCACAAGAUGUUGUCAAGAUGGUACCUAAACCAGCAAUUUUGAUGGAUAAACGAGAUCCAUAUGCUGAAGUCGCUGGUUUACAUUUUAAUGGUUUAUUGAAGAGAUAUGGAGCCCCAAUUAUAGUCCUAAAUCUAGUCAAGAGAAGAGAAAAAAGAGCACAUGAAAGUAUAUUGAAGGAAGAAUUAAUGGAAACAAUCAAAUAUUUAAAUCAGUUUCUACCACCACAACAUGCUUUACAAUAUAUAGGAUUUGAUAUGGCCCAUGUUAGUAAAAGGAAAAAUGGUGAUGUUCUAGUCAGAUUAGCUAAAAUAGCUAAAUAUUGUAUAAAACAAACAGGAUUCUACCUCCACUUACCACCAGGUUGUAAUGGUAGUAUCAAACAUGAUGAAAGAUUAAAGAGUUUAAAUAAUAAAUGGACUAUAAAUGGAUGUAGACAGAAUGGAACAGUAAGAACUAACUGUGUAGAUUGUUUAGAUAGAACUAAUACUGCACAAUUUGCUGUUGGAAAAUGUGCUUUAGCUUAUCAGUUAUACUGUUUAGGAGUAAUAGAAGAAACAGAAUUAGAUUUUGAUACAGAUUGUGUAAGAAUGUUAGAAAUGUUAUAUGAAGAUCAUGGUGAUACGGUAGCAUUACAAUAUGGUGGCUCUCAGCUAGUUCAUCGUAUUAAAGGUUAUCGUAAAAUAGCACCCUGGACAGAACAUUCUAGAGAUAUCAUGCAAACAUUGUCCAGAUAUUAUAGUAACGCAUUCUCAGAUUUAGAAAAACAACAAGCUAUCAAUUUAUUUCUGGGUAUAUUUGUACCACAAGAAGAUAAAGCUAAUAUAUGGGAACUGACAACAGAUUACUAUUUACAUAAUAAUAACUGUACCAAAUUAUUGGGAAACUGUAGAAAACUAUAUUCUCAAUGGUGGGAUAAUUGUGUGAUUGAACAUUUGCCUUUCUCUGCUGAUGAAGAGAUGAAGAAAGAUUGUUUAUCAGUGUGUCAAACUAGUCUAGAUGAUGAAAGAGUCAAUGAAUUUGAUGAAUAUUAUAAACCAUGGACGUUAACAAUUUUAGAAGAUUUAACUUGUUUUAAGUUAUCUAAUUCUAUGAGGAAUUUCAUGCAGAAAGGCACUGGAACUAAAGAAAUGAGUCCAUUUACUGUUCGAGUUUUACCAACACAUAUAACAGAUUCAGUCAAUCUUGGUGGUAAGAAUCCUAAUAUAAGUGGUAAAGAUUCCACUAUGUCUGUAGGAUCAGAAGGUAGUACUAGUAGUAGUGAUGAUAGUGAUGUAGAAGGAGAGAUGUGUUUAUCAGAUUCUACUAGUGAAUGUCAUAGUGAUGGGGAAUCCAGCUAUAUCUCCCUACAGGACAUCUUUCCUUCCAUGAAAACAGUAUAUAAAUAUGAUAUAUCAGAACCUUCUAAACGAGAUCAAAACUUAUAUCAAAGAUAUGUAGACUUGGGUAAAAAAGUCAAUGUAAAUAAAAAAUCAAAACAACUGAAACCAUCACUUGAAUUAUUUGCAGUCAGUGCUUUUAAACUUGAUAGUUGUUAUAGUGUAGAACCACCACCAAUUAGUAAACAUGCUCGAGAUAUUUACCAAGCUUAUAUUGAUAGAGGUUGCCAUGGUCCUGGUAAACCUCGAGACAAAGACUACAUCAUGUAUCAAAAAUAUGUUGGAUCCAAAUAUGGAUAG